AUGCGCUUCGAUUUAAUACCCAUUAUUGCAGCGCUGGCCAGCCCAAUUGCAGCAUCUGUCGUGGAUCCGUGGGAUGCCUUGGCUGCAAAGGCACUUUAUAAACAGACACAGCACCAGUUCUCGCAUCCGAAUGUCAAGAGCACCUGUACCCCACAAACAGCUGCUGUCCGCAGAGAAUGGGGAUCUCUUUCCCAUCACGAACGGAAGGAGUAUACAGAUGCUGUGCUGUGUUUGGCAUCUAAGCCUUCCCGCAUCAACCAUACCUUUGCUCCCGGGGCACGCAGCCGCUAUGAUGAUUUCGUCGCGACCCAUAUCAACCAGACAAUGUACAUCCAUGAUACAGGCAACUUUCUAACCUGGCAUCGCUAUUUCACCUGGAUCUAUGAGCAAACCUUGCGCAACGAGUGUGGAUACACCGGAUACCAGCCGUAUUGGGCCUGGAAUAAAUACGCACAUGACCCGGAGAACUCACCGGUUUUUGACGGCUCUCCAUACAGCAUGUCUGGCAAUGGAGACUACAUCCGUCACAAUGACAGCGAGCUUGCCCCGGGAAUCUAUAUUCCCACUGGCAAUGGCGGUGGUUGUGUGUCAACCGGCCCUUUCAAGAACUGGACGGUCAACCUAGGCCCAGUUCAGCCAAUCGAAAAACUCCCCGGUCUCGUCGCUCAAAACGGAUCCGGCCUCAACUACAACCCGCGAUGCCUCCGCCGUGACAUCUCGGCAUACUGCGCGCAAUGGACCACAACUGAAGUCGUGAUGGACCUGCUCGUCAACCAAACCACCAUUCUCAACUUCCAGAACAAAAUGCAAGGGCUUGUCAACUCGACCGAUUUUUACCUUGGCCUUCACGGUGGUGGCCAUUAUACCAUUGGUGGUGAUCCUGCCGAUGAUUUCUUCGUCUCGCCCGGUGACCCAAUGUUCUACCUCCACCAUUCAGCCAUCGACCGUAUGUUCUGGACCUGGCAGAAUCUCGACCCGGCACAUCGCACCUACGUGGUGGGUGGAAACGUCAAACCAGCCAAUACUUCAUCGCCUCUGACUAAAAUUGACGAUAUUGUUGAUCCUGGGGUUGCUCUGGGUGCUCCGCGUACCAUUCGAGAGUUGCUGGAUACCACUUCCGGGCCGUUCUGCUACGUAUAUUUGUGA